GGCUGUAGUAUAUAUAGGACGCUUGAUCGCUAUCGUCCUUUUGUAGCAUUCCCAAAGAUCUUUAUAAUUUACACAAAUUAUAACCAAACCCAAGAAAUUAUGUCGGAAUAUCGUCUAUCUCAGCCGCGGCAAUCAACUGAUGCUUUGUUUAAUUAUCUUAACGAAAAGUUGAUGAACAAUCCUGACAAACUUUCAGUGAACGAAAGAUGCGUAGCAAUUGAUUGUGAAAUGGUUGGAGUUGGUUACGGUGGGAAAGCGUCAGCACUUGCAAGAGUUAGUAUCGUAAACUAUUAUGGGAUAAAAUUAAUGGAUAAGUACGUUAAGCCGAAAAGAGUGAUCACGGAUUAUAGAACACUUUACAGUGGAAUCACUCCAAAACAUUUAGAAAAUGCUUAUGAUUUUGAAGAAGUCAAACGUGAAGUUCAAGAAUUAUUGGAAGGAAAUUUGAUAGUUGGUCAAUCUCUUGGUUAUGAUUUUUGCGCUUUAGAAUUGGAAAGGCCGGACACCAUGAUACGUGAUACUUCAUGUUAUUAUUAUUUGUUUGGCGAUAAAUUCGGGAGAAGACCACUUAAAAAGCCUUCUCUUAAAGUAUUGACAAGAGAAGUUUUGGGGCUAGAUAUACAACAGUGGACUCAUGAUUCAAUUGAAGAUGCACGUGCUUGCAUGUUACUUUAUCGAUUGAAACAGGAUGAAUGGGAGACAGCUAUUGCAAGAGGUCAAAAAAUGCCAUUAGAUAUCGGUGGAUGUUACGUCUGUGGCUCGCUUGGCCACACCAAAACGUAUUGUCCGUGGAGACGAUUAUAACAU